AGGGGUUUUCCGGGCCCGCGACGUCAGCGCUGCAACGCUGUCCCCGCCGUGACGCUCCGUGGGGAGGGAUCCUGCCCAACUCCGCGUCCAGCGCUCGCGCCGACUUGACCUAUUCGCCGGGAGACAGGGGAGGCAGGGCUUGCGAUGUCUGGACCUGUCAUUUACUCCAUCCUUUAUAGUGAUGCUACAGAACAGAAAGGAAUGGAUAAAAAUAUUGGCGAGCAACUCAAUAAAGCUUAUGAAGCCUUUCGACAGGCAUGUAUGGAUAGAGAUUCUGCAGUAAAAGAGCUACAGCAAAAGACUGAAAACUAUGAGCAGAGAAUACGUGAGCAACAGGAACAGCUGUCACUUCAACAAACUAUUAUUGACAAGCUGAAAUCACAGUUACUUCUUAUGAAUUCCAGUCAAGAUAACAGUUUUGGCUAUGUUGCUCUGCUUGAAGACAGUGAAGGAAGAAAGAAUAAUUUGCCUCUUGAUCAGCCACAUGAUAAAGUAAAAUCAGGAAUACCAAGAGAAAAAGAAUUAAAGGUAAGAAGACAAGAGGUUUCUUCUCCUAGAAAAGAAACUUCACCAAGGAGUCUUGGCAUUCCUUUAUUCCAUGAAAGGGCUUAUAUAGAGAAGACUUUCCAGGAUCUAAAAGAAGAAUUUCACAGAAUAUGCAUGCUAGCAAAAGCACAAAAAGACCACUUAAGCAAACUUAAUGUACCAGCCACUGCAACUGAAACACAGUGCUCUCUUCCUGUACAGUGUACGGAUACAACAGAUAAACAAGAAGAGCUGUUUAAGCCUCAGGCUAAAGAUGAUAUAAAUAGAGGUGCACCAUGCAUCACAUCUGUCACACCGAGAGGACUGGCCCGAGAUGAGGAAGAUACCUCUUUCGAAUCACUUUCUAAAUUCAAUGUCAAGUUUCCACCUAUGGACAAUGACUCUACUUUCUUACAUAGCACUCCAGAAAGACCCAACAUCCUUGGUCCUGCCACAUCUGAGGCAGUGUGCCAGGAUAAAUUUAAUAUGGAGUUCAGAGACAACCCGGGAAACUUUGUUAAAACAGAAGAAACUUUAUUUGAAAUUCAGGGAAUUGACCCCAUAGCAUCAGCUAUACAAAACCUUAAAACAACUGACAAAACAAAACCCUCCAAUCUUGUAAACACUUGUAUCAGGACAACUCUGGAUAGAGCUAUGUGUUUGCCACCUGGAAACCAUAACGCAUUAUAUGUAAAUACAUUACCACUUCAGGACCCAUCCGAUGCACCUUUUCCUUCACUUGAUUCCCCGGGAAAAGCUAUCCGAGGACCACAGCAGUUUUGCUGAGUCAGUGAGUGGGUUCCCAACUGAAUUCUCUGAAAAGAUCCAAUCUGAACUAAUAACUCCGAAUAGAGAAGGAUAAGGAUGGACUUUGAAGAUAAACUGGCAGUGGAAGAUUGGCUCACCAAAUUUAGAAGCUAAAUUGCUUCUAAAUCUAUUUCUUACUGUUUUAUAGAUCUUAAUAAGAAUUAUCUUUAUUUAUAAAUAAUCUUUUAUUUAUAUCCCUAUCAGUUUCCCAUUAAAGAGAUGCAUAUUAAUCACUUGUACUUUUUGUUUAAACUGCAAACAGUAAAAUUUAGAUCUGGCUGACUCUAACUUAUUUUGGCUUAUAUACUCACAUUUAUUACCACUGCUUUUUAAUCAUACCUUUUCUGAAGAAAAUUAUCUUACCCCAGAUUUUAAAAUAAACAUGUUAAAUAUUACUAUUUUUUUGUGAUAAAAUUGUCACUUCUCUAAAAAGCAAUUGAGUCAAUGUUAUCAUAAACCCUCUGUUCUGAUAUUUGAACGUAUCUCGGUCUAGACAGACUUUGUAUAUUUACACCAACUGUACGCAGCUGUCCAGUAAAAUGUUUAUAAGACAGUGAUGUCGUGAAACUUAAAUGCUUCAAUUAGUAAUACACUGUUUAUUGUAAAUGAUUGGUUAACUAGAAUGAAAGAGAUUGGUUAAGGGAAUGAAAACUUAACACUGUAUCAGGUGUUGGACUAAUAAAAACAUAUUAGUAAUAAGAACCCAAAAAAGUCUCUUUAAAUUGACUUUUUAAGUGAUUUUCCUCAAAGUAUCAGAAAUUAGCUGUGUCAAGGUAAUUUACCUAUGUCAAGGUAUACCAGAAAGCAAAUUUUAAAAAUAAUUUGGUAUGCAGUUCAGGAAAAUAAGAUAUUCCAAUCAAAAAAUAUUUAUUGAGCACCUACUAUUGAACUAAAUGCUUUUUCUGCCCUGUUAGAUAUUUUUUUAGAAAGAAUAAAUGCAGUAUUUUCACGUAUUUAUGUGCUGCUUAUAAUGGAGGUAGUUCUGUUGAAUUGUGAUUUUCCAUAAUUAUUUAAUUGGGCAACUGUUGACACUAUUCAGUCACAAGAAAGGGGAAAGAAGGCAAAACUACGCACUAUAUAGCAGGAGCAAAAUAAGCCAAAAGAAUGCAUCCCGUGUUAGAUUUUGUUGAAUGAUUAAAUAUUUGAGGUUUCAAAAAAAACAACUGAUCAGUGGAAUUUGUUUAGUACUUAAAAAAUUUCGUUUCGAAAACCAAAACAACUUAUUCCUAUGUGUUUUAUUCAUUGUAUAUUUCCUUAUAAAUAGUGAAAUUUAAAUUGCUCUUGAUCAAACUGCAUGUGUACACACAUCAUGUCUAGUGCACUUUGUAUUAAUCAGAGCCCUAUAACUUAAGGUUUCUGUUGUAAGACAGAAAAGAUAGAAUUCAAUUUUUAAAAAGUCUUAAUGAUUGACUGUUGUGCCAAACUACUGCUGUUAUGAUAACGAGCAUUAAAAUUUGCUGGUGGUAAAACUGGAAAAAUUUUAAAUAUGUGAAGAUAAAGUGCAUGUAUGUAUUUUAAGUGACUUAAUCGAAGUUUAGCUGGGCCCUUAAUGAAAGGAAAAUUGAGUUAGGUCUUCAUGCUAACUCUGUAGAAAGGUAAUUUGCUUUCAUAGAAAGGAAUUUUGUACUUAUACACAAACCCACUCAAAAAAUUUGAAUUUGAAAUUUAUUCUAAGUUGAUUUUACCUACAAAUAACAGAAGAUAUUUUUGUUUGUUUC